GAGGAGGCGGUGGCGGGUGGCCGCAGCCAGGUGCGCCUGGUCAGGGCCGCCGCUCCGCCAGCCCGCUGCUCCGCCAACCCGUUCCGGCCGCCGCGCUGCCCGGCUCGGCCCGGCACCAUGACCGUCACACGGCUCGACCAGGGGCAGCGGCACCGGCCGCGGAUGGCCUUCCUGAAAAAGAUCGAAGUGCUUAUGAUGGAGAUGCAGAAUACAGACACGGGCAUCAAGACGCAGACGCAGAGAGUGAUGAUCACCACCAUCCCACAUGCUGUGGCAGGUAAUGAUAUAUUGCAGUGGAUUCUCCAACGCUUGCAGAUCACCGAGGAAGAGGCACUCCACCUGGGGGACCUGUUUGUCAAAUACGGAUACAUCUACCCCCUUCAGGAGCCAAAGAAUCUCACCCUUAAGACAGACGGCAGCCUGUACAGGUUUCAAACCCCUUACUUCUGGCCUGCGCAGAGCUGGCCCGCUGAUGACACAGACUAUGCAAUUUACCUAGCAAAGAAGAACAUUAAGAGGAAAGGGAUUUUAGAAGAAUAUGAAAAGGAACAUUACAACAUGCUCAAUCAAAAAAUAAACUACAAGUGGGAUUUUGUUAUUAUGCAGGCCAAAGAGCAGUAUAAGGCAGGGAAGGAGCGGAAGAAGGCAGACAGGUACGCCCUGGACUGCCAGGAGAGAGCCUACUGGCUUGUGAACCGAACUCCUCCCGGCAUGCUAGAUGUCCUAGAGUAUGGAAUAGACCGCGUAACGGAUCCCAAUGAAAAUAAGGUAAACCAGAAAAAAACGAUGGAUGUUUACAGGAGAGAGAUUAUGUACUAUCAGCAAGCCAUCAUGAAGUCCAGAGUGAAAUCUUCGGUCUCUCUCGGAGGGCUUGUGAAGUACUCUGAGCAGUUCCUCUCCAAUGAUCCUAUCUUGUCUGGAUGUCUCCCCAGCAACCCCUGGAUAACAGAUGAUCCUGAGUUCUGGGAUCUCAAUGCAAAACUAGUGGAAAUCCCCACCAGAAUGCGUGUGGAGCGAUGGGCCUUCAACUUCAGUGAGCUGAUACGAGACCCGAAAGGUCGGCAGAACUUCCAGCUCUUCCUGAAGAAGGAGUUCAGCGGAGAGAAUCUGAGUUUCUGGGAAGCCUGUGAGGAUCUCAAGUAUGGAGACCAAUCCAAGGUCAAAGAAAAAGCAGAAGAAAUUUACAAGCUCUUCCUGGCUCCAGGAGCAAGGCGCUGGAUUAACAUUGAUGGCACAACAAUGGGCAUCACGGUCAAAGGCCUCCAGCACCCUCAUCGUUAUGUUUUAGAUGCUGCUCAGACCCACAUUUACAUGCUGAUGAAAAAGGACUCCUACGGCCGUUAUUUAAAGUCUCCAAUAUACAAGGAAAUGCUGGCCAAGGCUGUUGUGCCACAAGAGACUGUCAAAAAAAGCUCCACUUUCCCAUUCGGACGCCGUCACCUCCGCUCCAGCCCCAGCCCCGUCAUCCUGAGGCAGCAGGAGGAAGAGGCCAAAGCCAAAGAAGCUGCCACGACCGUGGACAUCACGCAGGUCAUGAGCAAGCUGGAUCGCAGAAGCCAGCUCAAGAAGGAACCUCCCAAGUAGGCUCUGAGCCCUGCAGGGCACAGCGCAGGGAAAAGACAAGCUGAGGCUGGUGUUGAGCUUCGUCUCCCCUUCCUGAAGGUGUCAGUGCUGCUUUAGGUUUCCCAGGCCGGCUCUGCCAGCAGCCUGCUUCCUGCACGUUGCCAUGGCUUCUGGAGCAGCAGAUGUCACUUCCCAGGCAUGGUAGUGCUGCCGGAGCCAGGCUGCUGGCUGUGCCGGACUCGGGGUGCAGGGCCCUGGCUCCCUCCCGGCGUACCUUGGACGGGGGGAUUCCUUCUGGCUGUUCCGAGCCCCCCCCCCCCCCCCCCCCCAGAGGUCAGGGAGCCCAGCUGCCUCUGCCUGCCUCCUGCUCCUCCAGGAGCUGGGAUGGCACAAGGCAGAGUACAGCUCUGCCCUCCCAAUCCUUUGGGUUCAAAUCAGCCUUCCUCAGGGCAGAGGUGGAUGACCCUGCAGGGAGCAGGGCAAGGUGACCAACCUCAAAAUGCAUCCACGCUGGUGUCCAUCUGUUCAGGGGGACAUGCACCCUGCCAAGGGGUUCACCCGGGGCACCCCCUGAGAGGAGUGCACCCCUCGCUUCAAGUAUCCUGCACCUCCUAGCCAGUGCAAAGGAGCCACAGGCAGAAGAGCGGGGUAGAUUUCUUGUGAGAACAGUAGGAUGAGUGUUUCUGAAGGUUUAGUUGACCCUUUGAAUUUUAACGACACUCCCAAUUCCCCCUGGCACGUUGGAGAUGAUCAGUGGAAAGCUCUGCUCUCCCCUGUGACUCCCCCGCAUGAUGAGUUAGGUGUGCAGGCGUAGCAAGAGCCUGCAGGAGGGCUUGAGAGAUGCAGCCGUGGCUUUGUGUUUCUUUUAUCAAAUCCUUCCUGCCUCUUGUCUUGUCUUUUUCCUGCUCUUCUAUUUUCUGUUGUUAAAAAUCUAAUAGGAGGUAGUUCCAGUUGUCACUGGCUUGUAGCCCAGAGGCAAGGAAGAACCAGGGCAGAGGUGUUAAGAGCUGACUUAAAAGUUUAAGUAGUGGUUUCUUUUUCUUUUGCUCUUUAGAAUGAGGUAACCUAAAAUACCAUGUUAGUGCUAAAGAGCUCAGGAAGAUUCCAGGCUUUGCCGGGAAACCCCGGUGCGUCUGGACCCAGCCAAUGAUUACCAGAAGUGGGAAGAUUCCUGCAAAGCCCAGUAACGGGAAUUGGGGGGGGCAGAAAAGCUGCUGCUUUGUUUGUUACAAUUUAGGGGAAGCAGAGGGGCUGGGUGAGAAGCACUGAGGUCCGGGAAGCUUCUUCACUCCGGUUCAUAUUGUUUAUCUGUUUUUACUACUGGUACGAUUUGACACGAAACGGAGAAAGCUGGAUGGGAGCCCGCAGGUACCAGGGUGCAUGCAGACUAACCCCUCGCGAGCAGGGAGAUAGUCGGGCGAUAGCUGUGUCCUGAACAGCUUUGAACAGCAAUUCUUGCCCUCCCUGUGUGUGUUAUGAGAGGCAGAAUCAGGGCUCCAUGGUCUGAUCGGGUAUCACUGCAGAACUAGUCUCCUUUGCUUUGCAGCUGAGCUAGGGAGAUUUUUGUGACCUCUGUUAACCUAACAGUGAUAAACCUUCUUAGAGGAAUUGAAACCAAGGUGCAUGAAUCUUUUUGCUCUGAUGUCAAGGUCUGCUUGCUAAGUCUCUGCUCUUAUUCCCAGUGGAAGCAACGGCAAAUUUUGCAAUGUCAUAAAGGUGAGCAGGUUCAGACCAUAAAUUUUUCAAUUCUGCUUAAAACCACAAGGGGUUUUUUUAAGUGAGGUACUGAGCACCAUCAGCCUACCUUGAUAUAAGAGCACUGAAAGAUACUCAGGAACUUCACAGGGUUGGUCCACAGCUACUUGGAUGUGAUGAGCUCUACAGUCUCCUCCGAGUUUGUAUAACAUGGAGCACUGAGCAUGUUGGGAAUGCCGGUAUGUAGUAACAUGUGGAAGAUCAAGUCAGGGUAUAAAUAAUAAAUAACAAAUCUGUGUGUUCCAGUCAGUCCCUCUGAUUCUACUUCUGUUCUGUCUGCAGCUUUGCUUUUUGUGUUCUCUCUAUCCUUUCCUUUCUCUGAUUUUUUUUCAUCCUCCCAGCUUUGCGUCACUGUGCCCCUGACAUGGGUUAAUGCCACAUGCUUUGGAGUCACUGUGCUUGUGAAACACCAGUCCUACACUUGCAGGCAGAGGCUGGCUCUCUGCUGCUUACAGGGUGAAUGAGCUGGCAUGACCCAGUGUACCGCUCCUCGGUCCCUCGCUCUUCAGUCCCUGAAGAGGAAGGUCGCCUGGUACAAAGUGUGACCACGGUACAAACUGAACUUCACUUUGUGCCAGCCAAGAAAUUGUUUGUUUCCACUGGAAAUCAGAGCAAUAUGUUGUUUCAUUUCUUGGCCAUCACUUCCAUGCAUUCAUCUGUCUAAUAAAAAUAAAUGUAGAAAAUGAAAAAAGAA